UUGGUUUCAGCAGUAAUGAGAGGAGGGGUUAGGUCAGCUCCGGGUGCCGCGGGACGCCUCGGACCUCACACUCGGCAGGAGGAGACGCUCCGCUUCAUGCGGCGCACCGAGCGCCUGGUGCUCCAGUGCCAUGUGAACGCGCUGGAUUCCUCCGCGCGCUACCGGACACCACGGUUUUCAUCCAAGCACCCGGAUUUAGCGCUUCUGGCUCAGGGUGUGAGAAUAAACCACCAGCGUGGGGAGGAAAUUAAAACCCGACCUAAAUCCUGCGGUACUGUGUUGCAGUCAUUGUGUGCGACCAGCCCGUUCCUACCACCUGCACUGCGUGAGCAGAGUGCAAAGCUUAGUGUAGCAGUGGCUGCUGAAUACACCCGUGCUGUACGACAAGUAGAAGGACGUUUACGGAGACAGGCAGGAAGGAUCACUCAAGAGGCCACUAGGCUGGAUCAUCAAAAAGAGAAGCUGGAGAAACUGUUGCGAAGUAUCAGACAAGCACUGCUCAUCAACCAAAAGAACAUCGACAAGCGGAGACAAAGACCGGCCACUGAGACAGAAAAAGAUGCUGCUGAUAAUCUGCUCUGCCAAGAGAGGAACGGCUUGAAAGAGCUGAAGCAGGGAUUAGAGACUCUGCUAAGAGACACUUUAACUCAGUUGCAGGCCCUAGCAAAGAGCAGCAGAGAGCUCCUGGACUGUGCAUUUGAAAGGUCCAGUGUAAUUGAGCUGCUCCCUCAGCAUGGAUCACCUUCAGCAGCUGUGCAUCUUUCUGUCUCUCCUCUCUCACUGAAACCUGACCCCGCUGGUCCAUUUACCCCAGAGUGCAAAAGGGCACUAGAUUCAUCAGCAGCUGUGUUGCGAACAUCUCAGCAGCUCAGUGGGAGGAUUGAACGGGUCAUGGGUGAGGCAAUCAUUAAACAGGCGGCUAUACAUCGCUCAGUCAGUGAGGGUUUGUUAAAGAAAAUCGCAGAAACCCAGAGUCUCCAGCAACGCCUAACACUGAGCUCAGCAACCACUAGACAGGCCAUCUACCGCAAACAGAGACAGAUGCAGUGUGCCACCUACAGCCAUGGCAGAGCUUUGGGUCCAGUCUCCUCUGAUGACCUGUUCUGCAGAGAGAGAAUGAACAGGCCUGUUGUACAGGUCUAUGAGAGACAUCCAAGUCUUCAGGUGCCUGAGUCGAGACUCCUAACACAGGGCAGUAUGAUGCUGAAGCAACAUUUGGAGUUUGCAGAGAAAGCAGUAAAGGAUCUUCAGGUUGCAAAGUUGCUGAUGGAUGUUGAUUCCUGUGCAAAGAGAGCAGCAGCGGGUGUAGACUCCGCUAUAGCCCGGCUUCGAAGAAGAAAUCUUCCUCACAAUCUUGUCCAGUCAGCAUGCACUUAAUAAUAAUGAUAAGGCUUAACCCAUCUGUGUCAGCAUCAUCAAACUCAUAUGUCUGUAUAUUGCGACUUUUACAUGGUUGUGCAUGUGAGUGUAUUACGUUUGUAGAAUGUAGCAACUGAUUAUAAUAACUUGCACGA